AUGGCGGACGCGUCAGGUAAUGCGCUCAAGCGCCCUCAUCCUCAGGAUGAAGACAACAACGCCAAAAGGACCCGCUCCAACAAUGGGUCUCCGGUACCUGGACAAGCAGCGCCUGUGAAGGGCAAGGCCGAUAUCGAAAAGAUGGUGGCCGAGGCCAGGGCAAAGGCAGAAGCUGUGCGCGCUCGUCUACAGGCUGCGCGUGGUGGCGCGACACCAACGGCAGCUACACCCGAUUCCUCCAGUCCUACUCCGCCAGCGCCAUCACCAGCGCCCAGUGCUGCAAUGUCGAGAUUGGAACAAAUGAAAGCCCGGGUUGCUGCAGCUACAGCGAAAGCCAGCACCCCUCCGCAACGACCUAGUGCACCCACUCCGUCUUAUCAACCUCCGGUCCGCGACGAUGAUGGAAUGUCCAAAGCUCGAGGUGGUCUGGAUGUUGGUCUCCACCCAGCACUCCUCUCCGAUGCUAAACCAGAAUUCCGAAGUGGAAAGGGACGACAGGCCAAGGCAACUAAACAUCGCGACGGCAAGGCCCAACUUGACCUCUCUGGUCCGUCUGUGGAGGAGAUCAAGAAUAAUCCUUAUUUUGACCCUACGCUUGCUCCCAAAGCAACAGUGGCCAAGCCGCGCCAGACUCGGCAACUCAUAUUUAACCAGAAGGGCAAAUAUAUUCAGCAGGCGGCCGCUCUGCGCAGGCAGGCCCAGUUGGAGGCAAUGAAGAAAAGCAUCGCAGCGCGAGCACGACAAGCUGGUCUUGAUGAGGAAAUGGAUGUGGAGAAGUCAUAUCUUGUUCCUGCUCCACCAGGUCUGGAAUGGUGGGAUGAAGGCUUGGUGAAUGGCAGCGACUACUCCGCAAUUGACGACCAACAAAACAUCAAAGUCGAUACCCCCGAUUCAAUCAUUACUCGCUAUGUUCAACAUCCCAUCCUUAUUGAACCCCCACAAGAGAAGCACGUGCCUGCUCAAAAGCCCAUGUUCCUUACCCCGAAAGAGCAAGCCAAGAUUCGUCGACAGCGACGUAUGGCAGACCUGAAGGAGCAGCAGGCCAAGAUCAGACUGGGUCUUGAGGAAGCACCCGCUCCAAAGGUCAAGAAAUCAAACCUUAUGCGAGUUCUAGGCGAACAAGCCGUCAAGGAUCCCACGGCCGUUGAAGCUCGCGUGACCAGAGAAAUCGCAGAUCGAAAAGAGCAUCACGAGGUCGCAAACGAGGAGCGAAAGCUGACUAAAGAGCAACGACGCGAGAAACUUGCAGCCCAGCAGGAGAAAGAUAUCUCCUUGGGCGUAUACCAAACUGUGUAUCGAAUUGACAGUCUCGCAAGCGGCAGAAACCGCUUCAAGAUUGGCAAAAACGCCGAACAAAACAAUCUCACCGGCAUGUGUGUUAUGCACCCGAAACUCAAUCUAGUGAUCGUUGAGGGCGGAAAGCACUCCGUCAAAAAUUACCGAAAGUUGAUGAUGAACCGUAUCGACUGGACCGAAAACCCAGGCUCCGACCGCAUGCCCGCAGACAGUCCUGAAGCCCAAGUGUCAUGGCUAUCAACUGAGGAUGAUAAGGGACAGCCAAGGGAUUUCAGCGAUAACACAUGCACUCUCCUCUGGGAAGGACAGACUAAGAACCGGUCAUUCAAGAGAUGGUUUGGUGCACGAGUCUGCGAAACAGACUCUGCAGCCAAAGACGCUCUUUCGCGAGCUAAGAUGGAAAAUUUCUGGACACUGGCAAAGAGCGCCAAGCCUGCCGAGCUCUAA